AAAUCUAAGAAUAAUAUAGAAAAGUCGGUUUAUAAACCAAUAAAAUUUUCAUAUAUUCAUAAGACAAACACUUACAUCAUGUAUUUUAUCGAUAAAAUAUUACCUGGGGAUUACAUCUUAAACAUAAAUUUUGUCGGUAAAGUAACUAAUAAUACCAAAGGCCUCUUUAGAACUUCCUACAAAAAUGAAGAAGGGGACAAAAUGUGGUUAUUUGCAACAUAUCUUCAGACAACUGGGGCGCGAUAUUUAUUUCCAUGUUGGGAUGAUCCGAAUUUAAGGGCCCAAUUUUCGAUUUCCGUGAAACACCCUCGAAAGUAUAGGGCUUUGUCAAAUAUGCCGAUACAAGACAAGCAUAGCGCUGGGAAUAACAUGAUAUGGACACGUUUUAUUACCACUCCUCCAAUGCCUUCUUAUUUCGUAGCGAUCGCGAUAAUCGGUUAUACAAGUGAUUUUCUUACUAAUAAAAUUAAUAGGAAUAUUGCUUUCGAUAAAUGGAAUAUCACAGUAUGGUUCAGAGAACAAGUAAAAUAUACAACGUAUACAUACAAAAUAUUUCAAGCUUUUAUUUUACAAUUGGAAAAAUAUUGGAAUGUGCUAAAUUUGAAGGUAAUUCGGAAAAUAGAUUAUGUUGCAAUCCCGAAUUUCCCGGAAAAAGCUAUAGCAACUUGGGGACUCGUUGUUUACAGAGAAGCGGAUAUUUUCUACGAAUCACGUCAGCUAAAGAGCCAACUAAAUAAGGAGUCCUUAAUAACAUAUAACAUAUUAUAUGAAUCUCUCAUUGAUGUGCCAUCUUGGUUGAAAGAGGGACUUGCUAAUAUCGCUGCGGCAGAUAUCACUGAUAAGAUAGAAGCAGAUAUUCGGAAAUUGGAAUGGUUUGUAGUCCAAAAUCAACAUGAAUCUCUCCGUUUAAACUUUUAUUUCAAUAGGAAUCUUUUACAAAUCAGCAAGCCACUUGAUAUUAAUUCACUUCCUUCUUUUUUUCGUUACAAUAAAGCAUUUUCUAUAUUGCGUAUGUUGCAACAUUUAAUUACCGGUGAGACGUUUUUACUUGGCACGAAGAUGUAUUUACAGAAUAGAAAUUCAUUGUCCGAGACCUCAUCCGAAGUGUUCUGGGAAUCUAUGCAAAAUGCGCUUAACAUAAUGGAUAACAAAAACAAGAUUAACUUAAUAGAAAAAAUGGAUGGUUGGAUAAAACAUACAAGUUAUCCUAUACUAAAAGUAACACACAAUUUUGCCGAUCAUAUAGAUAUAAUACUAGAAAAUUCCGAUUCAAUCGACGGUGAUUUGUGGAUACCUAUAACCCAUACUGUACAGACAAAUCCCGAUUUUAACAAGAAUUCGCUUUAUGAUGUGGAAUGGCUAAAAUUUACAAAAGACUUGCAAAAAAGAGGUGUUCAUAUCUCUAAAAGUUACAAAGAAAAUGAUUGGUUUAUAAUCAAUUUACAACAAAUUGGAUAUUAUCGUGUCAAUUAUGAUACUGAGAACUGGAAAAGAAUUGCGAAGUACCUAAACUCUACGGAAUAUACAAAAAUACAUGUUCUCAAUCGUGCUCAAAUCAUCGAUGACGCGUAUCAUUUUCUAACGACUAGACAAAUCAAUUCUUCUGUGUUCUGGGAAAUCACUAAUUAUCUAUCACGAGAGACAGAUUUUAUAGCAUGGUAUCCUAUGAUCAAAGCUUUUGAACACAUGUCGAGUAUUUUGCCAUUGUCAGAUAAAAGAGUUUAUAAUAUCAAGGUAAUACUAAAUUUCGUAAAUAAGAAUAAUGUAUGUGAAUCUAACUGCAAGAUAGUAGCAGGUUUGAAACUGCAAGAGCAUCUCGCAAAUCGUACAACAAAUAACCUUUGGCCAUGGUGGAAAGAAUGGACAUAUUGUAAUGGUUUGGCGAUGUCGAGCGAUAGUAUUUGGAACAAUGUAUUUAAUAUAUAUAAAAAUGAGACUGAUAACAGAUAUCUAAAAUUUCUGGCUUGCUCUGAAAAUAUUGCUAUCAUUAAAAAAUAUACGAUGUUAAUAGCAUUGAAAGAUUAUAAUGGAAUAACAAAAGAUAAAGAUCGUGUUAACAGUUUACAUUUUAUUAUUACCAAGCAUGCAAAAAAUAGCCUAAUGCUUGAUUAUAUAUUUGCAUAUUUUGAGAGAAUAGUGCCAAGACAAGCUACGAUUGCAACAUUAAUUAAUAUUAUUAAUCACGUGUAUUCUACGGAACAACUUAAUAAGGUACGCCAAUUCGCCAAAAAUUAUUCAAAAGAAUUAAUUUUGAAUGUUGAACACAAAAUUAAAAUACGUUCAUCUGAAAUCAAGAAUCAGAUGGAUUAUCUUCAGCUAUUAACAGAAUUAAGUAUAAGUAACCAGUAAAGUUAAUUAAAUCAAUGAAAGUUAAUAACUUUAAAUAUUGUUUGUAAGCACUUACUUAUUUAUUCAGAUAUUCACAUUAUUUUAUAUAUUUAU